UUUCCUACUCAAACCCUUCCCUCACUGUCUGCCUCAUUUUCUCAAGGUGCCGUGUUUGCCUGAAAGGACAUUGGCAGCCAGCAGGGGCGGCGGCUGGUCCUCUAGAUGGGCACGAAUGCCACUGGCAGGCAAUGGGGCAGACUCCAUGGAAAGAUGCUUCCCUUCCUCAAGGUAUGCACUCAGCGGGGAGACCUCACUGUCAAGUUCAGAGUUACGCUGCAGACUGCACAGCACCUCGCCUGCUUCUAGGGCCUGCUCCGGUCAGCCCAGGACCCACCACAGCAGGACCCCCCAUCCUGUGCUCACCCAGGGCUUGUCCAUGGCACUGGAAACUCCUUCCUGUUCCUGAUCCCCCUCUGGGCGAGGGGUGGGCAGGGACAUGUGGCUCGUGCCGAGGUCUAAUACUGUGUUCCCAGCAUGGAAGCAGGUGGGGACACUUCCUGUGGCAUGCAGGAUUCCGUGUAGAAAGCUGUGACUGUCACCCCUCCUCCCCACUCAGUUUUGUUAGUGGACCUUUCCCUGGCCCUUCUCUCCUUGGCCCCCUCUUGGCAGGAGAGAGGAGGAGAGGAUCUCACUUUCCCCCUGUACCAGCCACACCCUCGGUCUGCGGGGUUCCCAGCAGCUGGCCAGGGAUGCUCCACACCUGGAGGUCAAGUAACCGUCCCCUCACUCUGGGCAUCGGUGCCCUCUCUGGGGUUGGAACAGGAAAGAAAGCCAAGGCCUGUAUGUGGGACUUGAGUUGAGACUCAAUUCUGUAGAGUCAGGGGUGAGGAGGAGCCAGGCCUCCUGUGUGCUCUCCCUACCCCAGAGCCAGGUGCCCAGUUCCAUGGGUCCUGAUGGACAGAAGGGAAGAACAGGGGGGCUGCUGCACCGUGGGUGGUAAUG